AUGGUUAUCCUCGACGAGAAAGCUUUGAUGCUCCCACCGCCUCCCCCGUAUGGCGAGGACGGCCUCGUUGGUCCCCCGCCUUUCCCUGCGCUCAACGGGGCCCCUCCCAGUCUCGUAACCCUGCCCCCACACCUCUUGCUGCGCAUUGUGUAUGAGACAUUUGCCGAAGGACGAGUGGAGAAGCAGAGGAAGGUCCUUUACUGGCUUACUUUGAGCCUCCGGCUUGUCAACCGUGCGAUCUACAUCGCAUGCAUGCAUGUUCUGCGCUCGUCCUACCUUCCCGCGUACGCCGCCCUCGUUCGGUCGCCCUACACUUCGGACCCAUUCCCGCAUGCCGCUUCAGCAACCACACCCGCACAGCGCGAGACACGCGUGCUCGACCUCUUCAUCGCACUCAAAGUCCGCGAAGACGUCUGGACGGACGAAUCCGAGCUCCACCUCGAGCGCGAAGAGAGCUUCAAGGAUCUUUUCGACCUCAUGCAGCCCCGCGCUCGCCUCGAAGAUCUCGUUCGUCUCUAUGGCGUUCGCGACGGCGCCGUGGCCGUGCCACUCCCCUCGGGAGCGACGCCAGUCGCAACAUCGUCUCCAACCACUCCUCUCUGCAAGAAGCUCGUUAAGGAGCUUCGGUCCUGGAUCGCCUUGAACCCCUCACAGCGUAGUCGUUAA